AUGGAGACCGAAGGCUAUCGUGACCUCCUGGAGACCAGCGAUGGUCAGGGGGUAGGCCUGCUGGAUGGUGGGGGUGAGGUGGGGGUGGAGGAGGGCUGGAGCACUCCCUACCCUCUGGGCUUUCAGGUGUCUUUGACCACUGUGUUGAUACUAGAACUGGUGUUGGGCUUCAGCAGCAACCUGACCGUACUUGUGCUCUACUGUGCUCAAUCUAACCUGGUAGACUCAGUCAGCAACCUGGUCACAGUCAACCUCCAUGUGCUGGACAUACUGGUCUGUGUGCUGUGUCUGCCACUGACUGUAGCUGUGAUCCUGCUACCAGCUAAUGAAAGUGGAGUCAGCAGCCUGGCCACACUGUGCUGCUUUCACGAGGCCUGUGUCACAUUUACCAGUGUGGCCACAGCAGUCAAUGUGCUGGUGAUCAGUUUGGAUAGAUAUGACAUCUCAGUGCGUCCAGCCAGUCGUCUGCUGACCCCCAGGCGUGCAGCACUGCUCCUGGCAGCAGUGUGGGCCGUGUCUUUGGCUGUCUUCUUCCUGCCCUUCCUUGAGGGGGACUUCUUCUCCUCUAGGGCUUUGAACAGUGAGGAUGAAGAGCCAGAAGGGCAGAACAAUGACUCUGUGCACACCACUGGACUGACCCCCAUUUUUUCCUCCUUCUCUCCUUCCUCUUUACCCACAACUCAUCCUUCCUCUCCUUCGCACCACCUGCCUCCAGUAUGGCAGAACAGGACACUGCUGUGUGUAGGAGGGCAGGGUUAUUACACAGGCUUGGCUAUGUAUUACCACUUGUUACUCCAAGUGCCAUGCUUCUUCAUUGCUGUGGUCGUCAUGUUGUUCACCUACUCCAAGAUCCUGCAGGCCCUCAACAUUCGCAUUGGCUCCCACAUGAUGAGGGGUACGCGUGCAAAGGACUCCACCUGCAGGAUACGCUGCAGGAGGCGGAAGAGGAAGGACCUGAGCCUGCCCACAGAGGUAGUGUCCCCCACCCAGAACCAGAACCUCAACCAUCCUCCUCUCAUCCCCUCUCCCACCCCGACACCAACAUCGCCACCACCACUCUCUUCAAUGCCCCAGGGGAUGUCUGACAGUGGAGCAACUGUCACCACUGUCAGUACUGCUGCCACCACCCCCAUCGCCACUACUCCAGCCACACCUGCUUCUCCGACCCCAGCUUUAGCCUCAACCCACGCCACCUCACCACUGCCUGCCUCCUCCAUGGGUGUACAGGCUUCGGUUUCUGCCAUCAUCGCUUUAAGGCGGGCAGUGCGCAGGCACAGGGACCGUCGAGAACGUCAACGUCGUGUUCUAAAAAUGUCCCUAAUUAUCAUAUCCACCUUCCUGGGCUGCUGGGCCCCUCUGUCAGCAGUCAAUGUUCUGAUUCUGUGUCUGGGUCCCAGUGAUGGCCUGGUGCGGCUGCGACUCUGCUUUCUGGCGAUGGCUUAUGGAACCACUAUUUUUCAUCCUCUGCUCUAUGCUUUCACCAGGCAGAAGCUGCGCCGUGCCCUCAAAACACGUGUCAAGAAAAGGGUAGUGUCCCUUCUGCAGGUGGACCCUGCUCCCAGCGGGGGGACAGUUAUUCAUAACUCCUGGGUGGAGGGAGGAGGCCAGAGGAAGACUCGCAAGCCACGGGUAGAGGCCAGUGAUGGCACUGAUCGAUGUCUCACAGAGGCAGUGAGGGAAUGAGUUUGGUUCUCAGAGAGUGUUUGCAUGUGUGAGUGUGUGUGUGUGUGUGUGUGUGUGACUUUGAAGUAUUGUAUGUAUCUUACUAAUUUGCUAGAGAUGGAUCAUCAUAUUUGUGCAUGGGUUUGGGAAAAAUGAGAACCAGUUAGUUUACAAAGAUCAAGACAAAUCCCACGACCUCUGGUUUCAUGUAGACAUGGAGACAGGUGAGUCCUAAGCUCCAAUUAGAGCCCUCUUUUGCUGUCCCUACACAGACGCUCAUUAGUCCACUUUUUGACUGACAAGGUGGCCACUGUGUCUCCAUGGCAACACUGGCCAAGCAUUAUGACAACAGCAUAGCCAUGGCUACUGAAAAUACUAGUGUGCACCCAACAAGUAGGGCAAGCAA